AUGCCACAAUUGGAAAAAAAACCAGAAAUUUCUUCACCAACUGAAUCUAAUGAUAGUGGAAUACAUGUCAAUAUGGAACGAACAACAACAAUUACUGAUGAUACAAAUCUUCCAUUAGGUUGGGAACGUUUUGAAGAUGAAGAAGGUGUUUAUUAUUGGCAUAAACGAACCGGUACGGUAACACGCGAACGUCCAGAAUUAAUCAUCGAUUCUCCAUCAUCAACGCUUUCAUCGUCUUCAUCAAAUGAUACAUGUUUUGAAUCGAAUUCACUAUUAUAUAAAAGUGAAUCGAAUCCCUCAAUUAAAGUGCCUUUNCAUUUAGUUAUUGAUGGAAGUUUUUGUCAACCACUUGAAAGUACUCGUUUAACACGAACAUCUAAUUGGUCACCAAAUGAAACAACAAUACGUUCUUCAAAAAAUAUUCCAUGUGUUACAAAAUCUGAACAACAAUUAUAUAAAUUAUACGCUCAAGCCUUAGCUGAUUCAGAAGUAACACAAGAUUGGAGUAAUUGGGUUGAAAUGAUGACAAUUAAUUGUCAAAAAUGUUGUUCUGAAGCUGAAAUUUCUCAUCCAAUUGCUUUUCGUACUGGUCGACAACCACAAUUAUCUCGAAAUAUUCGCAUGUUACAAGUCGAACGUGAUAGUUGGCUUUUAUGGAAUCGAGCACGUGAUACAUUAAAUAAUACCCGACAAGAUCUUCCAGAAGUGAUCCCAGGUAGUAGUGAUCGAUUAAUUGUCGAACAUCAUCUUUUAAAUAAUCCACAAUUACGUAUGGCUAAAGCCGUACAAGGAUGGUUACAAACAAUAAAACUUGAUGAACGUUAUCAAACAGAUCUUAAAAUGGCAAUGACAAAAUUAGAACCAAAAAGAAUUUAUUGGGAAAAAACGUGUCAUUUUCUUAAAUCAUCGUAUAAUGCAAAUAUUCCCAAUCCAUAUAUAACUUGUUUGGAUUUUGAUGCUGCACAUAAACAAAAACGACGUUUAUGUGAUACAGAUGAACAAGAAGAAAAUGAUUUACUUCAAAUAGUAUUUAGUUUAUUGCGUGUUGGAGAAUAUUCGAAAGCUAAAAAUAUAUGUAAAUCAACUGGUUAUCAUUGGUUAGCAGCAUUAUUAUCUGCUAAUGAAUUAUAUCAUGAUGAAAAUUAUUAUUGUUCAGAAGUAAAUGAUAUUGUUUAUCCUGUUGAAGGAAAUCAAAAACGUAUUCAAUGGAUUGAAAGCAUGUAUGAAUUGUCUAUGGAUGUAAGUUAUAAAAAUUCAAAUACAAAUUCUAGGAAAUCAUAUAUUAACCACUAUGAUUUAUCUAUAGUAAAAAAUAAGUAA